AUGGCCAACUUUGUGAAGUCGUGUAGUGUAUUCACGGACGAAGACAACAAAACAGAGAAAGCUCUCCGGGUACAGCAUACAGCUACCUUUAUAUGGCUAGCGCGAUGCACCGAGGUGGAGGAGUCUGGCUUCGAUCUUUACCUCCCCGAGUUCGCGUCCAUUGUCAAAUGGUCUCGAUUCCUGACCACACCAAAACAAGAGCCAAAGGAACAUUGCUUGCACUCAAGACUGGCCUCGCUCUCCGUUUCCAGUGUGCCGAGGUUCUCACUCAACAUGAAUUACAUACCACCUUUAUAUCUCGUCGCCAUUAAAUGCCGCGAUCCAAUCACAAGACGCGAAGCCAUAUCCAUUCUCGAAGAGACCAACGGUCGCGAAGGCCUUUGGGACGCGCGUCUGCACGCAAAAGCCGCCAGAAGAUUGGUAGAAGUAGAAGAAUCCGGUGUGUUGAUAUUCGAGGGCGCAAAAUCUGCAUACAUGGAACCAGGGCCGCUGAUGCGCAUGAUCGCGGAUGGAGAGGUGAGAAUGCCACGGCAGAAUUCCAUACAAGAGUGUUUCCGUGUCCACGAUAUGGACCUUAGGAAUGUGACCGAAGGUGUGACUGGCACGGUCGAUAUCACCUGGCGUAUCUAUCCGAACGGUCGUCACGAGGAGAAGACGCAGUGGACAGAGGUGCUUGAAUUUUGA